CUCCCCGACCUCCCCGACUGGCUCUGCCGCAACCACGUCCAGCGCAUGCCGUCUACCCUCAAGGAGCAAUACCGCCAGCAGAUCGAGAACGAAAUCCGCCCGCUCGAAAGCAGGCUCCUCCGCCUCCGCGCCGACAUCAACGCGCUCGCCCCCGUCUCCUGCCUCCCCGUCGAGCUCCUCUCCCGCAUCUUCCAGCUCGUCGUCGACUGGGAGCUCGACGAUGUCCAGACCAACGACGAGCAGGUCCUCCGCAGGCGCCUCGGCCAGCACGCCCGCAAGGACCGCUACCGCCUCCAGUGGAUCAGCAUCUGCCAUGUCUGCCGCGCCUGGCGCACCGUCGCCCUCACCUGCGCCGUCCUCUGGCGCCGCCCCUUCUUCUUCAACGCCGAACUCACCAAGCUCAUGCUCGCCCGCUCCCGCGACGCCGAGCUCGACAUCCUCGCCUGCUCCUACCACGGCUCCCUCACCCACACCGACACCCAGGCCCUGCGCCUCGUCGCCCCGCACAUGCGCCGCGUCCGCAAGGUCGACAUCGUCCUCUCCGACGUUGGCCUGCACGAGUUUCUCAACGGCGCGAUCGACGUCCCCGCGCCGCGCCUGCGCUACUUGUCCCUGCAGUCCUUCCACAGCUUCCGCAUCUCCGCGCGCAACCUCACCCUCCGCCUCCCCUCCGACAUCUUCCAAUCCAACGCCCCGAACCUGCGCACGCUCCGCCUCCGCGGGUGGGGCGUCGACUGGGACUCGCCGCUGCUCACCAUGCUCACCCACCUCGAGCUCCAGAGCGUGCCCGCGCGCUGGCGCGCCACCGUCGACGAGAUCGUCUCCGCGCUCGCCCGCCUGCCCUCACUCGAGCGCCUGGGCCUCGCCAGCGCGACGCGCGCGUCCGCCGACUCCGAGGCCCCGGGCGCGCCGCCCGCCGCGCUCCCGCGCCUCGCGAAGCUCAUGCUGCGCGACGAGAUCGGCGUGUGCCUCGCGCUGCUCGAGCGCCUCGCCGUCCCGCCGGGCAUCCCGCUCUCCAUCUCGUGCGUCUGGACGCCGGGCACGUCGCAGACCGUCGCGCGGCUCAUGCAGGCCGUCGUGCGCCACUUCUCCGCCGACGGCGCGCGGCGCCCGCCGCUGCACACGGUGCACCUGUGGCUGCUCGAGGGGAAGGUCGGGCAGCUCAAGGCGUGGCGCGCGCGGGGGGCGGAGGCGGGCGAGGACGCGCCGGAUACGGGCGCGCCGGCGGAUCUGGCGGUGACGUUCCAGCGCGUGGUGGACCUGAUGGAGUGCGGGAUGCACCAGCUGCCGCUCGCGGCCGUGCGCAAGUUCACGCUCGUGGGCCUGCAGGACCCGCGCCGCCAGGAGAUCUGGCCCGAGGAGGCGGAGGAGGCGGACGGGCGGCUCGACGAGGGGUGGGGCGUGCUCCUCACGUCGCUCACGGGCCUGCGCACGUUCGAGGUCGUCGGGACGGCCGUGCGGAUGGAGGAGGUGUUCGAGAGCCUGCGCGGGUUCGUGCGCGGCGCGGAGGGGCUCCGGCGCGAGGACGACGAGCGCGUCGUCCUGCCCUGCCUGCAGCGCGUCGGCGUGAGCUUCGCGGUGAUCGGGCACCGCGACUUUGCGUGCCUCCUGCGGAUGUGCGAGGAAAGGAGGGAGCGCGGCGCGCCGCUGCGCGAGCUUGUCGUGCACCAGUGCGCGACGAAGGGGUGGGAUAUGCGCCUGGCGCAGGCGGAGGAGGUCGAGUGGGACGGGUGCCCGCUCACGGUCGACCAGGCGUUCUCGCGGUUUUAUGAGGUGAAGGAGUGGGAUUAUCAUCCGGUGUCGAGGCUGCAUGAGGAUUUUUUGGAGAAUUGGUAGGCGAGGGCAGGCCACUUAGAUCAUGAUAUCAUGACAUGUUGUACAAGCUCUCGGUGUGUAAUAUAUUGUACAUUAUGUGACCGGCACUUUCAAUAAGUUAUGGCCCCUGCACUUGCAUUCACGCCCAUAAAGUAAGCUUGCGGAACUCUACGCCGCCUGUUCCCGUUGGAUUGACAACAAACAGGGCACCCA